UUCUUCUGGGGAAGGUGUCGAUCAUUAUCUGUAUUUACCGCAGGCUUUCAGUGAUAUGUGAAAUUAUUUUCCACGUUCCUUGGCUGAAAGUCACUGUAAGAAAUAAUAUUAAACUUGCUUGUUUCAUUUUCUUUCCUGUGUAUAUUUUUUUUCCUUGGAAAUGAACUUGUGACUAUCUGCUCCAGUCUUGAAGCAUCAUGAAUUGGUUAGUCAUGUUAGUGACCUGCAUUCAGUUCCAUAACUUGCCCGUUGUUGCUUAUCGCCAAGUUCUCACCUUUUCUGCAAUUCCUUGCGAUGCAGUGGGAGCAGUGAAAGCUGCUGACCUUGCGGUUCAUUUCAUCAAUAAUGUCCGAAGAAAGGGAUUCAAAUACAGACUGAAUAGAUUGAAGAAUGCCCAGGAAAAGCAGGAACAAUAUGAGAAAAGCUAUUAUUUGGAGUUUGAGGUUUUUGAAACCAGAUGUCCUGUCAGAAGCUCCAAGCCAUUAAAAAGGUGUGGAAUUCGACGAUUUCGCUCAAUGAAAUCAUUUGGUGAAUGUAAAAUCAUCAUUCGCAUCUCAAAAGGUUUCCAGAAUGUGAAGGAUUUUCAGUGUUCUGAAUAUUCAGUUGAAAAUCCGUGCCAAGGAUGCUGGUACACGAUUUCGUUAAAUAACAGAAUUGUGGAUCGUUUUGUUCAGGUUGCCAUUCAGAAAUAUAACAGCGAGAGCAAUGACACCAAUUAUUUUUCACUUUUUAAUAUCACAAAGGUUUUAACAAAGUCUGUUCCAAGCCAAAGGAUAUUUGUGGAAUUCAUUAUCCAAGAAACUAAUUGUUUCAAAGAUGACUUUGCUGUAGUACUUACAGCCUGUAUUCCAAAACCUCACAAAUUUGCACAUUUGGGUUUCUGUACAGCAUCUUUUGAUUUGGAGAGCCCUGAUGAUGAUGAGGUUGAUGUGAACUGUGAGAUUUAUGCAACAAAGGGAGUUACAGUCCAAGGAUUAAGUGGGCUAGUGGAGCCUCAUGAGGACAAUUAUCCAGAUGGAGAACAGAUAUUUAAGCCCAAGCUUAAGAGAUCCAUUUCCAAGUCCAAACGGCAGAAGAUGAACCGGCCAGGGAGGAAAGACUCAUCUUCAUCAGAGUCAUCAGAGGAACAACAAAUGCGGAGGCAUCGUGGCCCUUUCAGACGUCCAACCAUUCAUUAUCACAUUUUCCCAAAUCUCCCUCCCCAUCCAUAUACCUGUCCAGGUCAACCCAGGUAUGUCCUGAGAACUCAAUAACCAAAUAAGGAAGAGACAAAGACAUAAACAGAAAGCCAGAAAGGAAAGGGAAAGCUUUGUUCUUCAGUGUGUGGGACAUGAUGGGGUAGAAGCACUGAUUGUAAGUUUAAACACAAGUUGAUCAUGAUUUUCCAUCCAAAUAUGGAAUCUGUUUGAAUUUAUCUCCUUCAACUACUGACAAGCUGAUAGAAAUUCUUUCUAUUGGAAAUGUGUGAAGAAUUGCCCUGAAUUUCUGCUUUUAACUUUGCCAUAAUCAUGAAUUUCAAGAUGAAAAUUAAUCUGAGAUAAGGGGCAGAGAUUAAUGUUACAAUGUGUAUAACAAUAGGCUUUCUUAAAAAUUUAAAGAUAACUUUUCAAUAAAAAAUAACAUAAGCUGUUAUUCGUGUGCAUGUGUAGGCAUUUCUUCCAAAAGAU